GCGUGCUCUGCCAUUCAUUCAUUCAUUUGCUCAUUCGCCGGUAGUAAGAUUGUGUGUGGCUAUAAUGAAUUCGAUACAAAACGGUUGGUUUAGAGAAGUAAGUCCCCUGUGGCCAAGUCAGUGCAUGUCGCUCGAAGUGGAAGAGGUACUUUAUGAAGGCAGAUCGGACUUUCAAGAUGUUCUAGUAUUUAAAAGUAAAACAUAUGGAAACGUUCUUGUUUUGGAUGGUGUUAUACAGUGUACAGAGAGGGAUGAGUUUUCCUACCAGGAGAUGAUUUCUCACUUGCCUCUAAACAGUCAUCCACACCCCAAAAAUGUACUGAUUAUUGGUGGUGGUGAUGGUGGUGUCGUGAGAGAAGUUGUGAAACACCCAUGCGUAGAAACAGUAACACAGUGUGAAAUAGAUAAGAAAGUGAUAGAAGUAUCUAAAAAGUAUUUACCUACAAUGGCAGUGGGUUAUGAGAGUCCCAAGCUGCUGCAGCAUAUCGGGGAUGGUUUUGCUUUCAUGGGUGAACAUAAAGGUGAAUUUGAUGUCAUAAUAACAGACUCUUCUGAUCCUAUAGGCCCAGCUGAGUCAUUGUUUGAGAAACCCUAUUAUGAGUUAAUGAAAGCAGCAUUAAAACCAAAUGGUAUAGUCUGUACACAAGGAGAAUGUCAAUGGCUUCAUCUUGAUUUAAUCAAAGAAAUGACAUCAUUUUGUAAAACAUUGUAUCCAGUUGUUAGAUAUGGCUAUUGUACUAUUCCAACCUAUCCCAGUGGCCAGAUUGGCUUCAUGCUUUGUAGUCUCAAUCCAAAAACUAAAUUUAAUGAACCAGUUAGAAAGUGGUCCAGAGAGGAACUAGAAAAGCUAAAUCUACGAUAUUACAAUAGUGCAAUACACAGUGCUGCAUUUGUAUUACCACAGUUUGUACACCAGGAACUUCGAAAAUUAUAAUGGUGUAGUGUAGACCUGACGAACUUAAUCAUAUCAGAAAUAGCAGACAUUAGUUUCAACAAUUCAUUAUACUUCCUCUGUUUUUAGUGUGUAAGUUUACUUCAUAACCUUAUUUGCAUAUUUAAUAUUUUUUAUUAAAUCGAUAUAUUCAUCGGUGUUUAGUUUUAUUUGCAUGCACCAAUAUAGUAUACACAAACAACGAAUGUUUGUUGAUUUUAAGAAACUUUCUUUUUUGAACUAAUGCACUCCUGAAGAGAUUAUUAUGAAGAAAUUAUCCAGUACACGAUGUGAACACAGGAAAAAAAUAGAAUACAUGUACAUCACUGCCUGAAACUAUAUCAAAAGCUUUGAGCUCCUACAUGUAGCACUGAUAAUGUAAGAUAACAACAACAUGCUUUGAUAGAGGAAAACUUGAUAACACAUUUGUUUAGGCAUUCAAUAAUGUAUCCAAGUGUCAAUUAUAUUGGCUUAUUUUAUAUCAGUAUUGUAUAUUAAGAAGAACAUUAUCACUCACACUCAAUAAUUAAUGUGUAUACAAGCUUAAGCCUUCACCAUUUCAGUUCAAGUCAUUUUAUCUGUAUUGAAUAUUUAAUGUUUUGUGGUGAAACUUGGGGCCACAAUCUAGUAUAUGAAAAAGCCCAACAAUAAAAUUGUUUUAAACAAUAAAUGUUUUCAGGUAUUAA